AAAUCUUUUCUUCUUCAAAACUUCAGAAAUAUCUCCUUGACAAAUGUCUCUUCGAUAUGUCGAUUCCUAUCAAGAGAGGUUUCUGAAUUGAACCUAUACGGCAAGACAUCCAUUGAAAAAGCACAGGUUGACCAUUGGUUGGAAUUUUCAACACUGACUUUACCAUCAGCCAAUCACAUGCAAGAAUCUAUAAAGUACCUUGAUUACAUACUUGCUAGCUCCACCUACCUGGUUGGGGAUGCAAUCUCAUUGGCUGAUAUUUUUGUGUGGGCAGCUCUUAAAGAAUCAUCAAGUUUUGAGAUACUGGAUAAAAAUUCUGCUAAGCACUUGUGUAGAUAUUUCAACUAUCUCUCAACACUGAAAGAAUUUGAAACAGUUGCAAAGCUACUCCCUUCUAGUGCUGCACAGAAAUCAGUGAGAAAGGAGCGAAAGGAGGAAGGAAAGUUCAUUGACUUGCCUGAAGCAGAGAUGGGAAAAUUAGUUGUUAGGUUUCCUCCAGAAGCUAGUGGGUACCUUCAUAUCGGACAUGCAAAGGCAGCCCUGCUGAAUCAGUACUACCAACAGGCCUUUAAAGGAAAGCUGAUCAUGAGAUUCGAUGACACCAACCCUGAAAAAGAGAAUGCCGAAUUUGAGAGGGUGAUCCUGGACGACGUGAAGAUGUUAGGCAUCACUCCUGACAUCUUCACCUUCACUUCGGACCACUUCGACAGAAUCCUCGACUUCUGCACUCUGAUGAUCAAAAAUGGCGACGCCUACGUCGAUGACACUGAUCCAGAAGUUAUGAAGAAGGAGAGAGAAGAGAGGGUAGAAUCUAAAAAUAGAAAUAAUAGUGUAGAAAAGAACCUUUCAAUGUGGAAUGAGAUGCAGAAAGGUUCUGAAUCUGGUCUGAAGUGCUGCGUUCGAGCUAAGCUCGAUAUGAAGAAUGAUAAUGGGUGCCUGAGAGAUCCCACUAUGUACAGAUGCAAGGUUGAAACACACGUUCGAACUGGAGAUAAGUACAAGGUUUACCCCACGUACGAUUUCGCUUGUCCAAUUGUGGAUAGCAUUGAGGGUGUGACUCACGCCCUCCGAACUAUGGAGUACCACGAUAGGGACGAGCAAUAUUAUUGGUUCCUGAAAACUCUUGGCCUGAGAAGACCUUACAUAUGGGAAUACAGCCGACUUAACUUACAGAACACUGUCAUGUCGAAAAGGAAGUUGACCUGGAUCGUCGACGAGGGAUUCGUCGAAGGAUGGGAUGACCCGAGAUUCCCCACGGUGAGGGGGGUGAUGAGGAGGGGGAUGACAGUGGAGGGAUUGAAAGAAUUUGUAAUUGCCCAGGGUUCCUCGAGAGCCACUACGACUAUGGAUUGGGACAAGAUAUGGGCUUUCAAUAAGAAGGUCAUUGAUCCAGUAGCCCCGAGGUAUACCGCACUGCAGAAAGAUUCCGUCGUCACUGUUUUGGUGGAUGGUGCAGUUAAAGAAUUCAAAAUGGUUCAGAAACAUCCAAAGGACCCAGAAAUAGGCAUGAAAAAAGUUUGGUACAGUGAUAAAGUUUUAAUAGAUGGUGCCGAUGCAGAGGAAUUACACGUCGAUGAGGUCGUGACCUUUAUAAAUUGGGGUAACCUUAUCAUUAAGAAGAUAGAGAGAGGUCAAAGUGGAAAGGUCAAGGCCAUCUCUGCUAUUCUAAAUUUAGAAAAUAAGGAAUACAAGAAGACAACUAAACUGACGUGGCUGGCAGUCGUCGAGGAGUGUCCUCUGGUGAAUGUUAACUGCUGCUUCUUCGAGCACAUUAUCUCCAAGCCAGUCCUAACGAAGGACGAUGAUUUUAAACAGUACAUCAAUAGGCAUUCAAAAGUCACAGUUGAGAUGUUAGGCGACCCGGAAUUAGCCAGUGUAAAGAAAGGAGAAAUAAUACAGCUGCAAAGGAGGGGGUUUUUCAUUUGUGAUUCAGCGUAUGAAUCGGCCAAUAGGUAUUCAAGCAGGGAAAACCCAUGUAUCUUGUUCAACGUGCCAGACGGCCACACGAAAGAGAUGCCGACUAGUGGCUCAAAACAUAAGACUGUCAGUAAAGACACUGCUGCCACUGUGAAAGAGGUUAUGAUAAUGAUGUUUUUGUUGUUGAUGAUGAUGGUGACGGUGACGAUGGUGAUUAAUACUCUUAAUUUUGAUGAUUUGUCCUUUAAUUUGUUUUACGAUUUUCUACUCCAGCCUUCGAAAUCUGAAUCUAAAAAGCAGCAGCAACAGCAGAAGCAACAACAGCCACAACAGGCGCCAGCAACUGCAGCCCCACAUGCAUCAUCAUCAUCAUCAGCAGUUCCACAUACAUCAUCAUCAUCGUCGUCGUCACUGGAUCAAGAAAUUGCUACUCAGGGGGAUCUCGUUAGACAAUUGAAAUCUGAAAAGGCAGAAAAGACGAAAAUAGAUGCAGAAGUUAAGAAGUUAUUAUCGCUGAAAGCUGACUACAAGCAGCUCACUGGUCAAGAUUGGAAACCUGGCACUGCUACAGCUGCUGCAACUACCGCUUCUGCUAAAGUAGCUGAUACUGCAGUUGCUGCUACUAAAUCGGUUGAUGCAACGGCAGUUGCUACUUUGUCGUCUUCGUCAUCUUCUUUGGAUAAUUUAGUUACAGAGCAAGGAGAUCUAAUUAGGAGGUUGAAAUCUGAGAAAGUAGAAAAGACGAAAAUAGAUGCAGAAGUUAAGAAGUUGUUAUCGCUGAAAGAUGACUACAAGCAGCUCACUGGUCAAGAUUGGAAACCUGGCGCUGCUACAGCUACUGCAGCCGCUAAAGUAGCUGAUACUACAGCUGCUAAACCAGGGAGUGGUACCACAGCAAGUACAUCGACAUCCUUGGAUAAGUUGAUAUCAGAGCAAGGUGAUCUCGUUAGGAGGUUGAAAUCUGAGAAAGCGGAAAAGAGCAAGAUAGAUACGGAAGUUAAAAAACUUCUCCAAUUGAAAGCUGAUUACAAACAGCUAACCAAUGAGGAUUGGAAACCAGGAGCUACUGCCACGGCUGCUCCUUCAACUGCUGCAGCUACUGCUACAGCUACUACUUCCGAGAAGAAAACUGACAUACAAAAGCAGAAGCAGCCACCACAGAAGCCACAAGAAUCUUCUGUUGAUGAAGCUACAACUUCUAGAGAAGUGAAAAAAGUUACGAGGUUGGGCUUGGAAGCAAGGAAGCACGAAAACUUUUCUGAAUGGUAUUCCCAGGUGAUAACAAAGGCCGAACUGAUAGAGUACUAUGACGUCAGCGGUUGUUACGUCUUGAGGUCAUGGUCAUUUGGCAUCUGGGAGAGGAUCAGUCAGUGGUUCGAUGAAAGGAUCAAAGAAAUGGGUUUCGAAAACUGCUACUUUCCGAUGUUCGUCUCUCAUGGGGCUCUUGAGACAGAGAAGGAACACAUCGCUGAUUUCGCCCCUGAGGUCGCUUGGGUCACAAAGUCCGGCCAAACUGAUUUAGCGGAGCCAAUAGCAAUUCGACCGACCAGUGAAACGGUCAUGUACCCGUCCUAUGCUAAAUGGGUCCAAUCACACAGAGACCUACCAAUCAAGCUGAAUCAAUGGUGCAAUGUUGUGAGGUGGGAAUUCAAACACCCGCAACCUUUCCUGAGAACCAGGGAGUUCCUCUGGCAGGAAGGUCACUCUGCUCACUCCAACAUGAAGGAUGCCGAAGAAGAGGUGUAUCAGAUACUUGACUUGUAUGCUCAAAUUUACGAAGAACUUUUAGCCGUACCCGUAACGAAAGGAAGAAAAACCGAGAAAGAAAAAUUCGCUGGUGGUGAUUACACGACCACCAUCGAGGCUUACAUAUCUGCAUCUGGCCGCGGGAUUCAGGCAGCAACCUCUCACCACUUGGGACAGAACUUUUCAAAAAUGUUCGACAUAUCUUUCGAGGACCCAGAGACACGCGAGAAAAAGUUUGCCUAUCAGAAUUCAUGGGGUUUGACUACAAGAUCGAUUGGUGUCGUCGUAAUGGUGCAUGGGGAUGACAAAGGGUUGGUCCUGCCUCCAAGAAUUGCUCAUUAUCAGGUAGUCAUCGUGCCAUGUGGGAUAACAGCCCAACUAGAGGACAAAGAUCGUCAGAAUCUACUGAACCAAUGUAGCAAAAUCACAGAUCAGCUGUUGGGGUCGAAUGUCAGGGUCAAUUGUGAUAUCAGAGAUAAUUAUUCUCCUGGCUGGAAGUUCAACCAUUGGGAGUUGAAGGGAGUGCCUAUCAGGAUAGAGAUAGGACCGAAAGAUCUUCAAAGCAAUCAGUUCGUAGCCGUCAGGAGGGACACUGGGGAAAAAUCAACAAAUAAAUUAGACAACGUGGUUGAAGUUGUCAACAAUCUUCUGGAAAGUAUUCAUAAGAACCUUUAUGAAAAGGCCAAAAAAGACAAAGAGAAGAACACGGCAACGUGCACAAACUUCACGGAUUUCUGUCAGAAUUUAGAUAAGAACAAAUUAAUCAUGGCUCCGUUCUGUGGGGACAUACCGUGCGAGGAGAAGAUUAAAAAAUUAAGCGCUAGAGAAUCAGUGGAAGAGGGGGCGCCAGCGAUGGGGGCCAAGGGGUUAUGCAUACCCUUCGAUCAGGUUAUCCCUAUUAAAGAUGGCGACCAUUGUAUAGCGCCGGAUUGCAAGAACAAGCCUAAAUUUUAUACGUUGUUUGGCAAAAGUUACUGA